UCUCCUCCUCCUCCUCCUCCAAUCUCCCUCUAUGGAGGCUGAAGCAGCCAAGCUGCAAGAGCAGCUGGGAAGGCUCUGGAUUUCCAAAAAUGACCUCUUCUCUCCAAAUCCUCCAAAAGGCAGCACCUGCACUGCAGGAAUAAUGCAGCUUGACACGGCUUGAACUGCCAUGGCUCCAUGCUAUGGAAUCCUGGGAUCUGUAGUUUGUGUCUGAGUCCAAAGCUGAGUUCAUAUUUGACUGCCUGAACAGAAAUAGCUGUCCAUCCAGGAUUCAGAUGAAGAGGAGAAUCUGUCAGUUUCAGGAACAUGGCUGGGAGUACUGUGGAAAUUUUCAAAGAGGAAGAUCCCAUGUUAGAAGAAGCAUUUAUGACCUCUGCAGGAAGCUCCCAUGGUUAUAGGCUUUUCCCAAGUUUGGCAAAUGAAUGGGAGAUAUGGAAGAGAGCAAAUUAUGGGGAAGCACAUCAGAUACUCGAAGUAAGUGAUAUGUUUCUAGACAUGGAAGCAUGCAUUGGGAGUCAAGAUAGCUUCAAGAAGCAGGAAGGAUACCAAACAGUUAACGAAAUGAAUGAAUCCAUUGCUUAUUUGGAUACUGGCUUCUGUGAAGUGCCCGUCCAUGCAAAAAUACACAAAGAAGAAAGAGAGAAUGAGUGCCCUGUAUAUGUAGAGAGCCACAGUAACACACCAUGCCUUAACAAGCCUAGAAAGGCCCCUGCUGGAGAAAAACCAAAACCAUUUAUAUGUCUAGAGUGUGGAAAGAACUUCAGUAGGACCUCAGAACUUAAUAGACAUAAACAAAUUCACACAAGAGAGAAACCAUUUAAAUGCUUGGACUGUGGAAAGAGCUUCAGUCAGAGUAGAAAUCUGACUUCUCAUCAGAGGAGUCACACAGGAGAGAAACCAUAUAAAUGCCUGGAAUGUGGGAAAUGCUUCCGUAACAGUGGAAUUCUUACUACGCAUCAAAGAAGCCAUACAGGUGAAAAACCAUACAGAUGCUUAGAGUGCGGAAAGUGCUUCAGUCAGAGUGGAAUUCUCACAGCACAUCAAGGAAUGCACACAGGGCAGAAGCCAUUUCAGUGUCUGGAGUGUGGAAAGAGAUUUCGUCAGCUCAUACAUCUUACCUCUCAUGAAAGAAUCCACACAGGAGAGAAACCUUUCGAAUGCCUGGAAUGUGGAAAGAGUUUUCGUCAGCACAUACACCUUACCUCGCAUAAAAGAACACACACAGGAGAGAAACCUUUUAAGUGCCUGGAGUGUGGAAAAAACUUCAGUCAGAGCUCACAUCUUAUUAGACACGAAAGAACCCACACAGGAGAGAGACCAUUUAAAUGCCUGUUGUGUGAAAAGAGUUUUGGUCAUAGCUCAGAACUUGUUAGGCAUGAAAGAACCCACACAGGAGAGAAACCGUUUAAAUGCCCAGACUGUGAAAAAUGCUUUAGUCGGAGCUCAGAACUUAUUAGGCAUAAAAGAAUUCACACGGGAGAGAAACCAUUUAAAUGUUUGGAGUGUGACAAAAGCUUCAUUGAUAGUACAAACCUUAUUAGACAUCAAAUAAGCCACACAGGAGAGAAACCAUAUAAAUGCCAGGACUGUGGAAAGUGCUUUAGUCAGAACCGAAGUCUUGCUGCCCAUCAACGGACCCACACAGGAGAGAAGCCAUUUAAAUGCCUGGAAUGUGGGAAAUGCUUCAGUCAGAGUGGGAUUCUUACUGCGCAUCAAGGAAUGCACACAGGACAGAAACCAUUUAAAUGUCUAGAGUGUGGGAAAAGGUUCCGUCAACACAUACAUCUUACUUCACAUAAAAGAAUCCACACAGGAGAGAAACCGUUUCAGUGCCUGGAGUGUGGCAGGAAUUUUCGUCAGCACAUACACCUUACUUCCCACCAAAGAAUCCACACUGGAGAGAAACCAUUUAAGUGCAUGGAGUGUGGAAAGAGCUUUAGUCAUAAAUCCAUCCUUAUUUCUCACGUACGAACCCACACGGGAGACAAACCAUUUAAAUGCCUGGAGUGUGGAAAGAGCUUUACCUGGAGCACACUCCUUAUUAGACACGAAAGAACCCACACUGGAGAGAAGCCAUUUAAAUGUUUGGAGUGUGGAAAGGGCUUCAGUGAGGCUUCGUUACUGAAUAAGCAUCACAGACGCCAUGCUGGGGAGAAACCAUUUAAAUGCUUUGAGUGUGGAAAGGGCUUUUUCUCCAGCACACUUCUUAUUCGUCAUCAACGCAUUCACAUAAGAGAAUACCCAUUCAGUGCCUGGCAUAUAGGUAGAGAUUCGGUUGGAGUCCAGAACUUAUUAGACAUAAAAGAAUUCACUGAAGGAACAAUUCUUAGUCAUGAUCAGGGUGUGGUAAAUGCAUUUGUCAUGGAGUAAACCUCAGAAAAUUCCAGAAGGAAUUUAAACUGAAGGAACCCUGAAUACGUUUGCACUGUAGUGAGAACUUCAGUAAUGAAUCAACUUUAAAUUAUGUCAGAUGUCAGAGAGUGAGAUUAUUUCUGUUGUGGGAAAAGAACUUCCAUUGUUUUACCAAACACAUUUUCACACAACUAGUUGAGUAGGGUGAGGUAAAGUAAACUUGCAUGAAGUGGAAUGAGGCAGAACUGUGUAAAGAUAUUAAGAAAAGAGAUUUCAACAAUUCUUUUGCAUGCAGUGUCAUAAAUGUUUUUCCCAAGCACUACACUCCUUGUUUCCGUGAAAAAUCUACAGUGGAGUGGAGAAAUUCUGCUAAUUUGUUUUUGUGAAUAAAAAUGUCCCCCCUCCCCCCGGUGUAAACGGAGAACCAGUGUUUUCCAAUUUGGUAUUCUCCAUGCAAGUUGUUUGUGAUAUGUAAUGCUCCUUCUGUCCUACACCAUGUAUGCAAUUUGCAGCAUCCUAAUUGUUGAUCUCUUCAAAUGCUUUUGUCUCCAUUUUGUCAUUUUCUAAAAAAAUUGCAAUAUGGCGUUCAGUUCUCCUGGGGCUGGUUGCUAUUUAUGCAUACAAGAACACUACAGAAGAAGAGGCUGGUUAGUUCAUUACAAAGUUAUACGGCACCCUAAAAACUAUUAUGUUUAUUGUAGACUAAACUUUUGUAAGCAAGAGCUGAGUUGCAUUUUGUGGUUGCAAUGGACAGAGCUGUUCCCUAGAGCCGUAGCCCACAAAUGCAUAUUUGGACGUAUCUCUGUUUCAUCAAUGGAGAGGGGCUUUCUGGGGGCUCCUGUCUUGUGGCAAAAAAGAAGUUAGAGAACAGAAACUGACUCCUGUGUUAAUGGAAGGCUUAGAAAAUAUACCUGCCAAGAAGCUAAACAAAAACUUUAUUAUCUCUCAACAAUAAGAAGAAAACAGACAAGAGAAACUCGAAUCUCUCAAAAUAAUUCUGAAUUAACUGCAUAAUGGCACUGCAGACUAACUGAAUCUCAUUACAGUUUAUGGCUGAGAAUUGAGAUUUUUUUUUAGAAAUGUUGGGAAAUAUAUUUGCACAACUUGCCACUGGCUAUUGUACAUUUUUUCCUAGAUAGACAUGAAAAUGAUACCAACACAAAGGCCCUAAAGUGACAGCUAGACAGCAUCCAUCAUUCAGUUUUCCUUCCCAAAUACCUAUCUAUAAUACCUGGAAGCUGCACCUUGCGGGCAUUUCCACUGUCAGAUAGGCUCCCUUAACAAUCAGACUUCACUUUUAACUGUUAAUUUCCUGAAGGACAUGGAUUAAAGGAUAGGAAGGGAAACUGAAAGUUGUGAGUCUGGAGCUGAUAUAGGCUUCAGGCCAAAAAUCCAGAAUUUUCCCUUUGAAGACUAAUUCUAGAAUAUUCACAGAAGGAGAUAUCCUUAUAAAUUCUAUGAUUCUAUGAAAUGUCUGAACUGUGAGCAAUUGUUUUUACAAUAACCAACUUCUUAUAUAUGGUCAGGACAUGAAAGAAAACAUUCAUAGAGGCUACCUUCAAACUUGUGGAAUAUUUUACCACAUAUUUGUAUUGUUUUUAAUCAUCUAUAUAAAACAGUCCUGGUCACAGAGGCAGUUCUUUUGCCAGGGAAGUGAUUU